CCCUGAAGCCCUGGGGGCCCCAUGGAGCCACUGACUUAUUUUGGAUUAAACAAAAGUCCAAACAAUUGAUAUUCAUUUUAAUUGAAUAUUUUGAUUAGUUUCUAAGACUAGUUGUGGGUUAAGUAGUGUUUCACUGGCGAUGUUUUCCCGUGACGUGUAUUUACGGCCCACCGGGCUGACUUCGUCUUCUGGGGGAAACUGAUGCUGCAACUCUUCAGUCUGAUUGUUCCUCUGACUCCAGAACCAAAACCCGAACUGGACCGACUGGGUUUGGGAUCAGCUUCACGGGAACCUGGUGACGUCUCCAGCGGCGGUUACCAUGGUAACCUCCCCGCAGCCUCUUGAUGCAGGAGGAGACUGGACUCAUAAGCAGAAUCUCUACCUGAACGCUCGGGGUUCAUUCGGAACCGCAAGGGACUCGCCGUCAGAACCGCCGGAACCGGUUCUGGUUCUGUUUGGCUCUCCAGCAACACAUCAGGCACCGUGAGGGCAGCCAAUGAUUCUCUGUGCUGCCUUGACGACCUUCUGAAGCCUCUCCCCGUCUGCCACGGUGCAGCUACGGUACCACACUGAUCCAGUACGUCAGCCAGCUCUCGAUGGAUGAGCGGUAGAAGGUCAGCAGCAGUUUGGGGUCCAAGCACUCAGGAAGUGUAGGCGCUGCUGAGCCUUCUUGGUGAUCGUUGUGAUGUUCUCUUCCAGUCGAUCCAGCGGUGAUGAGGACGCCCAGGAACCGGACAGAGUGGACCCUCUCUACACACUCGCCAUCGAUGUAAAGAGACUAACUGAAAAAGCGGAUCACAGUGGAGGUUAGCCCUGAAGAGGGACCGAUGAACGAACCACCAACCCGCCCAGGUCCAUCCUGGACGGGUCCACCGCAGAACCGGCUGGGAUUCGAACCGGGGACCUUGCUGCCUCCACAGCUCAUCCAGCAGCAGCAGGUCUUCUUCUGCGUGGACCGGUUGUGUAACCGCAGGGCGAGACGCAGCCUGAAGGUCAGCUCCUUCUGCCCCCUGCUGGCGGCAGCGCGUCACCGCAGCUCCGCUCCGCCUCCAUUUUGCCUCGGACAGCCGGCGGAGGAGCAGCGGCUCGCAGCGGCUCGCAGCGGACUGUCGGCCCAGCAUCCCCCGCGGUGGAUCCAGCGCUCUGCGGCUCUUUGCGGGUUUCUGCGGGAUGGCGGCGCUGCGGCGGCCCGCGGUUCGGGCGCAUCGGGACUUCUGAGGAUUUGUUCAUUUAGUGGUUGUUUUGGAAGCGGAGCGGAGCAGCAGAGGGGGUUCGGUUCGGCUUCGGAUGGUCAGGUUCCCAGCGAGGAUGUGGCAGUGAGCAUGCUCAGUGCGCUGAUUGUCACCAUGGAGUCAGUGGGUAGCAGCCCGGCCUGCAGCGAACAGAAAAACUGUACAGCCGACGAUGAAUCCAAAGACUACUGCUACUCGGCCCGCAUCCGCAGCACGGUGCUGCAGGGGCUGCCGUUCGGGGGCGUGCCCACUGUGCUCGCCCUGGACUUCAUGUGCUUCCUGGUGCUGCUCUUCGUCUUCUCCAUCCUGAGGAAGGUUGCGUGGGAUUAUGGCCGCCUGGCGCUGGUCACAGAUGCAGACAGACUGAAGAAGCGUUUCAGCGACCUGGAGGAGCAGGAAUAUGUUGCCUCAGCGAUGCACUCGGAGACUCCGGAUCGCUACGAACGACUCACCUCGGUGUCCAGCUCUGUGGACUUCGACCAGAGAGACAACGGCUUCUGCUCCUGGCUCACGGCCAUCUUCAGAAUAAAGGACGAGGAGAUCCGUGAGAAGUGCGGCGAGGACGCCGUGCACUACCUGUCCUUCCAGCGCCACAUCAUCGGCCUUCUGGUCGUCGUCGGCGUCCUCUCCGUGGGCAUCGUCCUGCCGGUGAACUUCUCCGGUGACUUGCUGGUCAGAAUUAUCAGUGCAGAUGCUUUCCUAAGCCAGGGAGCUCCUGGACCUCCUUCCAAAGAAGAGAACAACGCCUACAGCUUCGGACGGACCACGAUCGCCAACCUGAAGUCAGAGACCAAGCUGCUGUGGCUCCAUACGACCUUUGCCUUCAUGUACCUGCUGCUGACGGUCUACAGCAUGAGGAGACACACGUCUAAGAUGCACUACAAGGAGGAUGAUCUGGUGAAACGCACUUUAUUCAUAAACGGCAUCUCCAAGUAUGCUGAUGAGAGUCAGAUCAAGCAGCACUUUGAGCAGGCCUACGACAACUGUGUGGUUCUGGAGGCUCGGAUCUGUUACAACGUGGCCAAACUGAUGGCGCUGAGCGCUGAGAGGAAGAAGACGGAGCGCAGUAAGAAGUUCUUCACCGACCUGAUGGCGAAGGAGCACGUUCCCACCAUGAUCAACCCCAAGCCCUGCGGACACCUGUGCUGCUGCGCCAUCGCCGGCUGCGAGGAGGAAGAAGCUGUGAGCUACUACACCAAGAGAGAGGCCAAGCUAAAGGAGGAGUACAGGAAGGAGAAGGAGAAGGUCCACACCAAGCCGCUGGGCAUGGCCUUCGUCACCUUCCAGAACGAGGCCAUGACCGCCAUCAUCCUGAAGGACUUCAACGCCUGCCAGGUUCAGGGUUGUCGUUGUCGCCAGGAGCCGUGUUCCUCUCAGUUCAGCGAAGUCCUCCAUGUUCACAACUGGAGCGUGACGUACGCACCGGACCCGCAGAACGUCCGCUGGGAGCACCUGUCGCUGGGCGGGAUCUCCUGGUGGAUCCGCUGCUUCAUCAUCAACUGCAUCCUCUUCAUCCUGCUCUUCUUCCUCACGACGCCGGCCAUCAUCAUCUCCACCAUGGACAAGUUCAACGUCACCAAGCCUGUGGAGUAUCUGAACAACCCCAUAAUCACUCAGUUCUUCCCCACCCUGCUGCUCUGGGCCUUUUCUGCUCUGCUGCCCACCAUCGUCUAUUACUCUGCCUUCUUUGAGGCUCACUGGACCAGGUCUGGAGAAAACAGGACCACCAUGCACAAAUGCUACACCUUCCUGAUCUUCAUGGUUCUGCUGCUGCCGUCUCUUGGACUCAGCAGUCUGGAUGUUUUCUUCCGCUGGCUGUUCGAUAAGAAGUUCCUGGAUGACGCUAAAGUCAGAUUUGAGUGCGUCUUCCUACCGGAUAACGGAGCGUUCUUCGUCAACUACGUCAUCGCCUCGGCCUUCAUCGGGAACGCCAUGGACCUGCUGAGGAUCCCCGGCCUGCUCAUGUACAUGAUCCGCCUGUGCCUGGCCCGCUCCGCCGCCGACCGCCGCAACGUGAAGAGGCACCAGGCCUACGAGUUCCAGUUUGGCGCCGCGUACGCCUGGAUGAUGAACGUCUUCACGGUGGUGAUGGCCUACAGCAUCACCUGCCCCAUCAUAGUCCCCUUUGGUCUCAUGUACAUGCUGCUGAAACACCUGGUGGACAGGUACAACAUGUACUACGCCUACCUGCCGUCCAAGCUGGACAAGAAGAUCCACUCAGCCGCAGUGACUCAGGUGGUGGCCGCGCCCAUCCUCUGCCUCUUCUGGCUGCUCUUCUUCUCCACCGUCCGCACAAGCUUCGAUACGCCCACCUCCAUGUUCACGCUGGUGGUCCUUGUGGUCACCAUCGUGGUCUGUCUGUCCCACGUCUGCUUUGGACACUUCAAGUACCUGAGCGCCCACAACUACAAGAUCGACACAAAGGAGAGCGAGGUGGACGCCGUGAAGAACGGACGACCGGCUCGCUCUUCAUCCUCUCCAAGCAGCAAGUCUCAGCAGGUGGCGCCGCAGCAGCAGAUGUACAUCGCCCAGGUGCUGCAGGAUCCGAACUCGGAUGAGCCGGGCGGCGCCAGCAGCGAGGAGGACCGGGGCUCGUCGCAGGACGAGGAAAUGCUGAACGGAGGGAACGGCAUCAACGAGGCGGAUUUCCAGUCGGGGGAGGACAGUCUGAUCGCCAACGAGGUCCACCAGUAGCUGGAGGCGGAGCUAGAGGAAGGGGCGGAACUAGCCACACCACAGCUACCAGUAAGGCCAACUGGAGAUUCACCGUUCGCACUCAGACGGUAGUGUGGCUGGGUUAGCCCCGCCCCCCUCAGCCUGAAGACUCGACCCUGACCUUUGACGCCGGCGCCGGAUCGCCACCAUCCAGCCCUCCACAGGAAGUCACUGUACAUACCCACAACGCCAAACUGUCGUCCGUUAUCCUGGUGAGGGUGGGGUCCAACUUGUGCCUGGGCUGGUUUCCGUUUGUUCGCACUCGUGUCUUGAUCCCCAUCGACUCCUGAUCCGUCUGAGGAACGACGGCGUCGGGCCGCUGAGCCGUCCGAUCCCGUAGCCGUGGAAGCUUCGCUAACGCAGAACGGCCCCACCUUCCUUCUGUUCCCAAAACUCCCACAUCUGUCCUGCACAUCCUUUUGGUUUGCUGUCGACCCGCCGAGCUUCUUGCUGCAUGUCGUGACGUCGCCACCUAGUGGUGACUUCAUUCAUCACAGGAACAAACUCGCCCGGAUUCCUCUGUCUGUCAGCAGCUUGUCCG